AUGGUUAGAUUUUCUGAAGCCAUGGCGAGUCUCAUGAGAAAGUUCAAGAGGAAACACGUUCUUUCUACGGACAUGCAUAACCGCUGGGGCGAUCCUGCGAUAAGUUACCCUACCGAGGGGUCAUGGAACCAGUGGAAUCAGUCCUCCGGUUUCGCGGCCAAUGCUUCUAUAGAGCCUCCUCGUCAUGCCGAGCCAAAUGAGUCAAGACGUUAUGCACCACCGGCCUCUGUCGCACCACAGCACCAUAAGGACUGGGAUGACUUAGGUUCCCAACACAUUUACACACCACCUGAAACAACACAUGAUAAAAAUUUUCCCAGAGGCUAUUUCGAUGAAAAUAUUCGACAUCGUACCGAGAAAGCACCAAAGACUCAGAUGCAUGGUCUGGGAAUUGAAAAACCUCGACACGAAACUCGAAACAACAGCAUCGAUAGCGAGAUGGACAUGCACUCUGACUACCAAUGCGACGAGGACUCUUGCGACGAAGAAGAUGAAGAACGCGAUACUCUAGGUGACUCUCGUGGCUUGAUGUAUCGUGGCUACACAACUGGAGAUAUUCCACGUCAUGUGGGACGCGAAGAAUGCGGCUCUUACUUAGAUCGCCCAGCCCCGUCGCCUUCAUUAUCGGUUACUUCUCGUAUGCGCCGGACCAGUACACAAAGUUCAACAACGCAAGCCUCUUCCGUUUCGGGGACUGGCUCCAGGCGUACGAGCUAUACUGCUGCAUCCUCUGUCUCGGCACCUUCGCUUCCGCCAGAUACGCCUCGUUUCCCAUCCAAUACUAUGAAUACCAUGUCUUCUGCGCACUCUUCUGCAAACGCAGAGAAGCGACCUGUCUAUCGUCCAAAGCCCCGGGAACCUGAGCGAUCCACUCGACAACAGAUGGUGCCAUCCUACGAUGAGCUUUAUGGAUAG